UUUAUUAAGAAAAAUAAGGAAGAAUUUUUUUCAAUUAUCAUAAAAUUAAAGAAAGGGUCAAAAAUUUUUCACUACAUAAAUAUUUAUUCAAAAAAAAAUCCAAAAGUAAUUAAAGCUUGAUUGUAAAAUAAAUUGAGUAAUAUAAUGGAUUUAUCGACGAUAUUGAUGACCGUAUUGAUGACUGCUUUCAUCAAAUUGAUAAUAUAUCAUUACAGAAGAUUGGAUUUAUACAGAGCCGGUAGUAAAAUACCAGGGCUUGAGCCAGUGUUACCGAUUAUUGGAAAUGCUCAUCUUCUUUUUGGUGAAACCAAAAAUGUUUUUAGAAAAAUUAUUAUAUUGUUGGAAAAAUUCAAAGUAUCACCGGUGCGCGCUUGGCUUGGUCACAAAUUGUGUAUUAUUUUAUUUGAUCCCGAACAGAUGAAGAUAGUUCUUCACAGCCCAAAAACCAUCGAAAGGGAUGAGUUGCUGAGGUUCUUCUUGCCUUGGCUUGGCACAGGAUUAAUUGCAGCACCCGCAAACAAAUGGAAAGUACAUCGCAAAUUAAUAAUGCCGACAUUUAAUCGCAGAGUACUAGAAAAAUUUAUUGAUACAAUAAAUAAACAAUGUGAAAUAUUGGUCAAAAUUAUGGAACCUGAAAUCGAUAAAGAUGAAUUUGAUAUAUUUAAUUACAUAUCACUUUGUACGAUUGAUAUUGUUUGCGAAACGGUGAUGGGAGUUCCUUCGAAUGAACAAAUAAAAAAAAAUUCAGCUUAUCCAGCAGCUUUUGAAAAAAUAAUGAAAAUACUUUAUCAAAGGAUGAUAGAAGUAUGGUUACAUCCUAGCGUUAUUUUCAAUGCAACAAAAUUAGCAAAAGACCAGAAAGAGUGUAUUAAAUCUUUGCACAAGCAUACAAAUGACAUUAUAGAGAAGAAACUUGAACAGUAUUCCAAAAAGAUGAAUGGAAAUGCUGUUACACAAAUCGGAUUUCAAAGAGAAGCUUUUCUAGACUCUUUUACAGAGUUGUUGUUCGAAGGAACUAAAAUAACAAUCGAGGAAUUUCGCGAAGAAGUUGAAAAUAUUAUGUUUGCUGGCUAUGAUACAACUACCACAGUUAAUUCGUUUGUUAUUCUCAUGCUCGCUAUUUUUCCAAAAAUACAAGAAAAAUGUUAUGAAGAGCUUGUAGAAAUUUUUGGUGACAAAAUAAAUGGAGAAAGACAAAUAGAAAAUGAAGACUUAGACCGUAUGAAAUAUUUAGGAAGAGUAAUUAAAGAAACAAUGCGGCUAUUUCCAAUUACGCCGCUUUUAAUCCGACAAGUAAACGGUGAUUUAGAUAUUGGAGGAGGAUAUACACUACCAAAAGGCAGUACUGUGUUUUUAGCAAUAUGGAAACUUCAUCGCUCUGCAUAUAUCUGGGACGAUCCGCUUUGCUUUAAUCCUGAUCGAUUUUUGCCCGAGCAGGUUGCCAAACGACAUCCGUAUGCUUAUAUGCCUUUUAGUGCUGGUCCUCGUAAUUGUAUCGGAUUGAAAUAUGCUAUGAUGAGCAUGAAAAUUCUCUUAGCUACGCUUUUACGAAAUUAUAUAUUCAUGAAAGACAAACAUGUUAACAUUGGAGACAUUGAAAUUAAAGCUGAAGUUUUUUUGAAAACUAUAGAUCCUAUAACUAUUAAAAUGAAACGCAGGACAAAUACUUUUGAGUUAUAAAAUAUUAUUUGAGUAAAAAUUUAUAUAAACCAAAAGAAGAUAACAUUUUAAAAAAUAUAUUUAUUCGAACAAAUAAUUUACAAUUUAGUAAUAAUUCUUACUAUGAUUUAAAUAUUAUUAAUCUUAUUGUUUUAUAUUAAUCUCCGCGUUUUUGUGACAAACGAUAUUUGCGACAAGCUUCGGGACAAUGACGAUCUAAAUAACGUCGCUGAGAAAAUGCUUUCAAGCAAAUUUGACACUUCCACUGCCAUUCAUGAUGAUUUCUUGUUCUUUGAUGCGCUCGCAAAUUUGAUCUGUAAAAUAAAUUAAUUCAAUUAAAUUAAAGU